AACCACGCCUCAUCCCACCCCCAAAAAAAGAGAAGAUUAAAAAUGGAUCAUUUUCUUUUUUGUCUAUAUAGGCGUAUAUAGCCUUCUGUCCGUGCACUCCUCUUCUUUGACUGCAACAAAACCUCUCUUUCUCUCUCUCUAUCUCUCUCUCUAUACCCUCCUUGAAGCUCAGUGUUUUCUGGGGUUGAUUCCGUUGAUAUAGAAGCCUGGAUUUUGAGCUCUGGUCUUCCAUACACUGUAAGGGCAUAGAAUAAGUUAAGAGGUUAAAGAUCAACAAAAGUGGUGGUUGAGCAUAGUGAAGAACAGCAUGCGGUGGUAUAGUCUUUCAGUGGAUGUGUUUCGGAAAGUCGUCUCCUUGAACCUUUAUUGCCAUGUUAUUCUGUAGAAUUGGCCUCUAGUAUUCAGAAACCUCUUGAUUUCUCUCAAUUUUCAUAGCUAAAAAGUAGUCUGUUAGUCAAGCUUCCAUGGGGUCUAAUCGAUUCAUUGUCAUUCCCUUCUAUGUCCGCGUGAUCAUCUGAGUUUCGCAUCCAUUCUCGGUUUUCCUUGUAGUUGUUUCUUCAGAUUUUAGUCUUAACCACUGUCUUAUUACUUAGUUACUUUUUAAUCAAGUGUGUUUGUUUGUUUCAAGUUACUGUUUUGUUUUCAAGGCUUUUCAGUUGUUAGGGUUCUUUGUAUCAGUUUCUGGUGGGUGAUUGUUUUGACUGGUAGAAGUAUAGAGGUGGGAAGUUAUUUGGGCGUUUUUAGUAUUUUCUGCUGGAAGUCUGCAGUGUUGUUUUGAGGAGAAGAAGGGUAGGGAAAAAGUAGUUAUGGUGUGCCAAGCAGCUAGUCAGACUAGAUUCCGGGCAUUGAAACAUGAAAAUGGAGUCGCGGGGAGUGCCACCAUAAUAGUUAGAGUCAUUGCAUGUUUUCAACCUCUCCAGGAUUGCCAGGCUGAAUAUUUCCGUCAUUUGUUGAAACCUGUCACGUAGAACGACUUUCUUGCUGCCGUGUUCGAGUUAAGCCUGGAGUUUUAUAGUUUUCUCAGUAUUUCCAAAAUCUACAUUAGUCAGCAGUUUGUAAUAUCACAGUUACUAUAGAGCUGGUGAUUGCUGUGGUUGCAUGGAAAAGGACUUUGGAUCUUGGUUCAAUCACCAGUGUUUCGGUUUGCAAUCAGCCCCGUUGAGUUCUUCAGGUGCACAACGCAAUAUAGGGAAGGGGGAUAGCUUUUCUGUUUAUAUGAAUUCUCAGUUUAAUGAAGUUUUGACAAAUGGGGAUUUUCCCUUGUUCACAUUCUCUGCCCUGCCUCAAUCCAAGGCAGGCCAACCCGACGAGCCUCGUAACUGGUUCAACUGUUCGCCUUGCUUCCCUCGGGAUGUCAGUACUUCACCGAGCCCUGUACCCAUAGAGAAGCUUCCGUCUGGGUCAGUUGAAAAUGUUGGUGGUAUUGAAAAUUGCAACACGGGCACUGGAUGUUCCCUCAAGAAGUUUCUUGUUUUUGAUAAGUCUGAUGAUCAGACAACCUUAAUUUACAGUUCUGCCAACUGUACUCCUGUGCAGUGCCCAGAAUCGUGGUCCCCAAAGCCUCAUGGAGCUUAUAAUUUGAUUAGGGAGCAUCCCGGGAUUAACAGAAACGAAGCAUCUCCCUUGGGUAAUUUGAUUGAUGAUGAUUACGUUGAAGAAAGCCACCGAGAUGUGGAAAGUGAAUGGCAUGAAGAUACCGAUGAACUGGAUGCUUUGAUCUACUGUGACAAUGAUUACGACUAUUUGGAGGAUGAAGUAACCAGCACCGGUCGUUCCCCCAGUACCAUGACUGUUCACGAUGGGCACGAGUGUUUCGAGGAAAGGGGUGAAGAAGUUGAAAGCUCCGCUGGGCCAACCAAAAGGCAUAAACUGUUAGAUGGUGGCCACGAUGUUCUGUCAUUCAUGCACACCGCAACGACUGCUAAACCACAUCUGUGCUCCGAGGUAGAAGAUGAUGCAGGAUCUAGUUGUGGUAAUGACAGUAAUGAAGUUUCGGGACUAUCCGGGAGUAAGAGAUCAAGGGAAGAGAAAAUACGCAAGACUAUAAGCAUUCUGCAAAUGAUCAUUCCUGGCGUAAAGGGGAAAGAUCCAAUGCUCAUCAUAGAUGAAACCAUUCGAUGCUUGAGAUCCCUGAAAGCUGAAGCCCAGUCAUUGGGGCUUUGAUAAUCUUUAAGAUUCAUCGUACUGGUGCUGUGGUGCACCACCAAGUAGUACUAGUAGGUGUACUGGAUCGGGCUUUUCUUGUAUCUUUAUUGUGCUGUAGUUUUGGAGUAGUAGCAUGUGAUGGCUUGCCAAAUGCCAAUGAAUAAAGGGAUUAAGUACCGUAUAAUUGGGGACCAGUAUGACAAAGCGUGGCUGCUGCAUCGUUUCACAGCUGCUCAGGGAAGUCAAUUUAUGCCCUCUAUCAUGCCAUUGGAAUCAGUAGCAGCAGCAUUGGAUUUUUGAAGUCUUAGUGUCCAUCGUGUCAUGUUUUAAAGAUAAGGGAGCACUUUGCAUCUUCUUCAAACAAAUGGGCGUGGCGUGGCGUGUCUUUGUGUUGACAACUCGAGACCAAGGCAAGCUAACACUCCGUAUGAGAAUGCACUGGACGCCUAGCUAUAUGCCGUGUGAAUGAGAAGAUGAAUUGCUUAUCUGUAGGACCAUGGAAAAGGGUGGAUUCACGUUCCGUGGGCCAUUUUGGUCCCUACCCUCACUUUCUUGCCCCUUUUUUUUCUGAGUUACUGUCACUUCAUAUCUUGUGUGGAAUUUCUAUCUUAUCUCUUGUGACAGAUUGCAGAUGGCAUCACUUUCUCUUCAACUCUGGUGUCGAGAACUCGCUUUGGAUUAGUUAACCAGUUGAGCUAUACUGCAAGGACAGUUCUGUUCUCCCCACCACGGGUAUUACGCAAUUUCCGCCAUUUAUCCAUGUGUUUAGUGUGAGGUUCUUGGCAUGUUAAGGUGUUGGUUCCCCAUCACAUGAUCCUUGUUUAGUUGUUUGUGUAAAAUAAGAGUAGUUUGACUUGGUAAUUGGGGGCAUAUUUAUAUAUUUAUAUUAUAUAGGAGUGUUGUAUGUGCGUGCUUUGUAGCUAUGAUGGUGGCAAUCUGUGUAGAAUAUUGAGGUGUGAAUGAUGAUGGAUGGUUGGAUGUAAUUUAAGUUGGUUGGUAUUAUGUAUUGUCUUGAUGCCUCUUGUUCUUACGUCGCAUGCACGCAUUUUAUUAGUGAGAAAGUGAUGUGUAAUGGUAUUUGAUUCCUCCGCUA